CACCCACAAAUUAAAUUCCUCUGCCAAUUACUCAUUUGAAUGACAAAUCCUAUCCUAUCCCAUCCCUUGCUUCAGUAUUCUCCCUUUUUUUUUUCUUUCUCUUUUCAGUUUUCACUUUAUUCACAAUAAUUCGUCAAUAAAUUAAAUACCCCUCUUAACCUUUAACAACUGCCCCUUCUUCCGUGUUCAAAGCUUCACAUAUCAGAGUUCCUUUCUCUUUUUCUCCUCUAGAAUGUCGAGAAGAACAAUCAAGCGAGUGAGUUUCAGUCCUGACGUCAGUGAAAGGCCUAAGCUGUUUGUGAAACAUGGAGGCAGCGCCACAACUAGAGGAAGUAACCGAAGAAGGGUGGUGGUUGGGAUUUUCACGUUUAGGCUUGUGGAAAGGUCAAGCUUUUCACCAGCAAGUUUUUUGAGACAUGUUGGGGCUAAAGUUGCAGGCGCUUUGCGUUUCGUAUCCAUUCGAGGGAACUCUUCGCGUAAAGUUUCUUCUUCCAACCUACCCAGGUCUCGAUCGCUGGCUGAAUCUAUCGACUCCCAUCGUGCUGAAGCUAUUGAAGACUGCAUCGAGUUCUUGAAUUCUUCUUCCUCUUUGUCAAGGUCAAACUCGGUUACCACAUGUUCUUGCUAGAAACUUGAGUAAAUUUAUAUGUAAAUGAAAGGGAAAAAGAUAAGGGAUUCCAUAUAAUUCAUUCA